AUGGUGCUGGAAGGAAACCCUGAAGUGGGGUCCCCCCAAACCUCAGGCCUCCGGCACCCUGGAAACAAGGGCUCUUGCGUCCUCUCGUCUCCGCGUGAAGAUGCACAGCCAGGCGAGGAGCCCAUCAAGUAUGGUGAACUCAUCGUCCUGGGAUGCUGUGAGGAAGGAGGUGAGGAAACCGAGGCUCAGAGAGGGGAAGUGACUGGCCCAAGGGCACACAGCUGCUACAACGGGUGUCUGGCAAGUGGGGACAAGGGCCGUCGGCGGAGUCGCCUGGCGCUGAGCCGCCGGCCACAUGCCAACGGGGUGAAGCCAGAUGUCAUGCACCACAUCUCCACGCCACUCGUCUCCAAGGCACUGAGUAACCGUGGCCAGCACAGCAUCUCGUACACGCUGUCCCGGAGUCACUCGGUCAUAGUGGAGUAUACACACGACAGUGACACAGACAUGUUCCAGAUCGGCCGCUCCACUGAGAAUAUGAUCGACUUUGUGGUGACAGACACGUCCCCUGGAGGAGGGGCCGGGGAGGGUCCCUCCACCCAGAGCACCAUCUCCCGCUACGCCUGCCGCAUCCUCUGUGACCGCCGGCCGCCCUACACUGCCCGCAUCUAUGCCGCUGGCUUCGAUGCCUCCAGCAACAUCUUUCUUGGAGAGCGGGCUGCCAAAUGGCGGACACCCGAUGGCCUGAUGGACGGCCUGACCACCAAUGGGGUCCUGGUCAUGCACCCAGCUGGCGGCUUCUCCGAGGACUCAGCCCCAGGCGUCUGGCGGGAGAUCUCGGUCUGCGGAAAUGUGUACACGCUGCGGGACAGCCGCUCGGCCCAGCAGCGGGGGAAGCUGGUGGAAAACGAGUCCAAUGUGCUACAAGAUGGCUCGCUCAUCGACCUGUGCGGGGCCACUCUGCUGUGGCGCACGCCAGCCGGGCUGCUGCGGGCACCCACGCUGAAGCAGCUGGAGGCCCAGCGGCAGGAGGCCAACGCAGCUCGGCCCCAGUGUCCAGUGGGCCUCAGCACCCUGGCCUUCCCCAGCCCGGCCCGGGGCCGCACGGCCCCUGACAAGCAGCAGCCCUGGGUCUAUGUCCGCUGCGGCCACGUCCACGGCUACCACGGCUGGGGCUGCCGGCGGGAGCGGGGCCCGCAGGAGCGUGAGUGUCCCCUCUGUCGCCUCGUGGGGCCCUACGUGCCGCUGUGGCUUGGCCAGGAGGCCGGCCUCUGCCUGGACCCUGGGCCACCCAGCCAUGCCUUUGCGCCCUGCGGCCACGUCUGCUCCGAGAAGACUGCCCGCUACUGGGCCCAGACACCACUGCCCCACGGCACCCACGCCUUCCACGCCGCCUGCCCCUUCUGUGGGGCCUGGCUCACCGGCGAGCAUGGCUGCAUCCGCCUCAUUUUCCAGGGGCCGCUGGACUAGGCUCCCUAGGGCCUCCUGCUUGCUGCGCCCGCUGCCCACCCAGGGCACCCACCUUCUGCAGCCCAGAGGAGCCCUGCAUGUGGGACCCAACCUGCUGGCCAACAGCCACCCCAGAUGGAUGCGUUGGAUGGGCUGUGCCCCUCCCCCCUUAGCGGGUCCCUGAGAUCCCUACCCCAAUCAGAUGGGUGGGGCUCGGUACCAGCUUUGCACCGGACUGAUGGAGGGUGGCUCCCCACGCCCCUGCCCUUCCUUGGGCGUGCCGCCUCAUGCCGCCUACACUGUGCCCCUGGGGGAGUGAAGGGGCCUAGGGGCCCCUGACCCCAGCUCAGGCUGGCCGCGCCCUGAGCCUGCUGACCCAGUUCCAGAUACUCCCCCUUCCUAUGCCGCCCUGGGUUCCUCUAUAAACCUCGCUGCUCAGCUGCCCUCAC